AUGUCGACUGGAGCUGGAAGGCUAAGUGCUGGGAAUGCUGAAACCAAAAAUACUAAUUUUUCAGACUUAACAGCCACUAAUGUGACUAAUACCUAUAAUGCCAAUACUGCAGACUCCAAUGCUAGCAUCCGAAUUAAUAAUGAACACAAUAACGAACACAAUGGCGAUCCCAGUCUCUUGGCCCAAUCUAACGAGAUGCCAGAUUCAGAACUCUCUAGCCCCAGCGAUGAGUACGAAGUGAAUAUGGAAGAAAAAUCCAGUGAAGAAAAAUCUUGCACAGCAAAGUCUUUGGAGGAGCAGAAACCUCCGCAGCAGCUUUCGGACAUUCCAGAUGGCGGCUACGGGUGGUUUAUUGUGCUUGCAUGUUUCUUGAUCAAUUUCAACUCUUGGGGCGCCAACUCGGGCUUCUCCAUUUACUUGUCGUACUACUUGAACAACGGCACGUUCAAAGGUGGUGACAAGUACGAUUAUGCGGUCAUCGGUGGCAUGACAUUCGGUGUUGGCUUGUCAUUCUCGCCCGCCAUCAACUACAUCCAGGGCAAAAUCGGAUUACGCACCACGAUCAUCAUUGGCAACUGUUUCCAGUUUGCCGCUUUAAUGCUUGCAUCGUUUCUGCGCAAGCUCUGGCAGUUGUACUUGACGCAAGGUAUGCUCCAGGCCUUCGGGCUUGCAUUUGUUUCGUUGCCUGCGCUUAUGCUUUUACCUCAGUGGUUUAAGAAGAAAAGGGCGUUUGCUUCAGCAAUUGCGGCCGCUGGUUCAGGCUGUGGCGGUAUAGUCUACAACUUGGGCAUGCAAAAAGUGUUGGAACUGCGGUCUGUGUUCUGGGCCAUGCGUUGUCAGGCCAUCAUCUGUUUCGGACUACUCUGGUUUUCCAUCUUUCUUGUGCGCACAAGGAUGGAGGUAAAGUACACCAUUUUCGAUGCUGCAGUCUUGAAGACCAUGGGUUUCUGGCUCUUUUGCCUCUAUGUGGUGCUCUGCAUGUUUGGUUAUGUGAUUGUGUUAUACGAUAUGGCCAAUGUUACCACAUCCAUGGGUUACUCUGCCUACCAGGGCUCGAUUGCCUCGGCCAUGGUGCAAGUCGGGUCUGUUUUCGGCCGUCCGAUAGUGGGCCAUUUCUGCGACAGAUUCGGUGCUGUCACAGUUUCUGUUGUGGCCUAUUUACUCUGUGGGAUCUUUGUUUUGGGCAUGUGGAUCCCAGCGAACAACUAUGCCACCAUCAUUGCCUUUUGUGUGAUCAUGGGUAGUCUCAUGGGUCUGAUUUUUGCUACGGUGCCUGCCAUUUUGUCACUUUUGUUUGGCUUGCGCAGAGUUGGCGUGGCUCUUUGCAUGAGCUGGGUGUUUUUGGGUUUUGCUGGUCUUGCAUCGCCGGUCAUUGGCUUGACUUUGAAAACUGGAAAUCACGGCUACGUUUCGGCGGGACAAUACCACCACAGUGCUAUAUUCUGCGGCGUUUCCUUCCUUGCAUGUUCUUUUACCCUCUUGAUGAUCCGAGGCUACUUAGUAUCGCGGCACUUGAUGUCGGACGGAAAUGAUGCAGACCAUGGCCAUCUUCAUAUGUCGGUGCCUAUCUGGGGGCCGAUCAAAAACUGCUUGCGCAAGGCGAGACACAUUUAA